AUGGCGGCCCGCGGCGCGGGCUGGUUGACCUACGUGCCCCGCUGUGCCCAGGGCAGGGGGCCGGUUCGUCGCCCCGUUCACCGCCUUUUCAGGUGUGCAGGAACCGUGGCCGCGGACCUGAAGGGCGAGGAGCAGCUUCCCGGAAGCGUGGAGCCAGACUCUCAAGACAAGAUCCUCAAAAAGAGAUUCUCGGAGGUGCAAAAAGAAAGACGAGAACAGGCACAGCGGACGGUUUUAAUAAAUUGCCCAAAUAAAAUCAGUGAAAAAAAGUUUAUUAAGUAUAUAUCCCAACACGGCCCCAUUAACAGUCAUUUCUUCUAUGAAAGCUUUGGUCUUCAUGCUGUUAUAGAAUUUUGCCAAAAGGAAAGCGUGGCUUCGCUGCAGGAUGCAGUUUGUACUCCAAACUUGGGCACAGAAACUGCAAUUCCAUUCAGAUCACGUUUCUUCAAUUUAAAGUGGACGAAUCCAUUAAAUCCGGGUUCUGAACAGCCUAAUGUACAAUGUAGUAAUCAAUUGCCUCCUGCCAGCAAGAAGCUUUUUCAAUUACUUUGUCGUGCAGAAAGUAUGGAUGAUCAGCUGAACACACUCUUGAAGGAAUUCCAGAUCACAGAGGAGAACGCUAAGCUCCGGCAUCUAACCUGUUCUCUUAUUGAAGACAUCGCCGCGGCCUAUCUCCCAGACUGUACCGUCAGACCCUUUGGCUCUUCGGUGAAUAGCUUUGGGAAACUAGGAUGUGAUUUGGACAUGUUUUUGGAUUUAGAUGAAACCGGAAGGCUCAAUCCCGGAAAGACCUCAGGACAUUUUCAGAUGGAAUUUCAAGUGAAAAGUGUUCCUUCAGAGAGAAUUGCAACACAGAAGAUCCUGUCGGUGAUAGGAGAGUGUCUCGACCACUUUGGUCCAGGCUGUGUGGGUGUCCAGAAAAUAUUAAAUGCCCGAUGUCCACUGGUGAGGUUUUCCCAGCAGGCCUCUGGAUUUCAGUGUGAUUUGACUUCUAACAAUAGGAUUGCCCUGAAAAGUUCCGAACUCCUGUAUAUGUAUGGUACCCUGGACUCGCGCGUAAGAGCCUUGGUGUUCAGUAUAAGAUGCUGGGCCCGUGCGCAUUCGCUGACAAGUAGUAUUCCUGGUGCUUGGAUAACAAAUUUCUCCCUUACGAUGAUGGUCAUCUUUUUUCUCCAGAGAAGAUCCCCCCCUCUUCUCCCAACUCUGGAUUACCUGAAAACUCUAGCAGAUGAAGGCGAUCAGUGUGUAAUAGAAGGCCACAACUGUACUUUUACUAGUGACUUGAACCGAAUUAAACCUUCAGGAAACACAGAAACACUAGAAUUACUGUUGAUGGAAUUUUUUGAAUAUUUUGGAAACUUUGCCUUCAAUAAAAAUUCCAUAAAUAUUAGACAGGGACGGGAGCAGAACAAACCCGAAUCUUCUCCUCUGCACAUUCAGAAUCCUUUUGAAACUUCUCUCAACGUCAGCAAAAAUGUAAAUCAAAGCCAGCUGCAGAAAUUUGUCGAUCUGGCCAGAGAAAGUGCCUGGAUUUUACAACAGGAAGAUAAAGCUCGUCCUUCCUCAGCAAGUCAUCAGCCCUGGGGCCUGGCAGCCCUGUUGCUGCCGUCUGUGUCACACAGUAAGUCCCUUGCCAGGAAGAAAAGGAAAAAGCCUGCAAGUGAGAGAAUUAGAAACUUGUUGGACUCUAUAAAAAGCAGUGGGAAAGAACAGUAAGGACGUGGGCAUAACGACUGUGCUCUCGCUGGAAGAGCUGCUUUUUAUCAUGAAACUCAUCGUGGGGUCCCUCGAUGAACUGGGGCGAAACGUUCAUCCGAUGCUGCUGCUCGUGGUGUUCUAAGCCUGAGGAAGGUUCCUUCUUCGUGAGUGCUGUGAUCAGUGCCCGGGGCACCAAGGCAGCACCUUUAGGAGCACUUCCACCACAAGGAAGAGGUGAGAGAAGAUUGGAAUGGACUGUUCAGUUAAUAGAUCACCUGUACAAAGUGAAUGAUUUAACCAUAUUGAUCUCCACCUCAGGCCUCUGGUUGGAAAUCAUUCGAAAGUUCGUAAAUAUGUAAGUCGUGAAUACAAUAAAACUUUAAACUCACUCAAUACUUUUGAGUGAAAUAUGACUCAAAAGUGACCCUACAGGACAGAGUAGAAUGACCCCUUUGGAUUUCUGAUGUGGUAAACCUCUACAGAAACAGAGUAUUUUUAAUGCAUAUUACUGUGUUUUUCACACAAGAUAUUGUUAUUUAAAUAUAAAUUAAAAUAGGGUGAUGGUAUUGAUUUCAUAAAUACUUGUCUUUUUUUGAGUAGACAUCUCAAGCAGUGCUUUCUAGAUAGUCUAAGUCAAAUAUACAGAAAUAUCGCUGUAUUGUAUUUUAAAAGAUCUAGUUCCUUUCUCUUUUCGCAAAUAAAACUCCAUCUGUUAAGAUGUGGUAUUCCAAGCAA